UGUUUCCAGAUUACCAGUUGAUUGUGCAGAACUGGGAGUGGAGAAAAAAAAGAAAAUAUCAACUUAAGUGCGACUAAGACUUCUGUUAACGCUUUCUCUUGUUUGUUCUUGUGUUGACAGGAUGCUCAAGUUAGCGCUGCUACUCCUGACUGUGUCAGGCCUCCAGGCUGCCCCACUCGCAGGCCCUAAAAGUUUGCAGAAGUCAGCUUCCACCUACCAGCUGCCUAAUGGCUUUCGACAGGGCACUGAACACUCUGACACCCGUAAGCCGAUUCCUCACGACUUCCGACAAGGUACCGAGCCCUCCAGGAGGUUCAUCGUUAACCUCAACACCGGCCUAGUGCAGGAUUACAUCAGUGAGAUGGACAGGAGAGUGGAUAUCAUGCUUCCUUCUCAGGGAAAAGGAUUUGGAGAGAUGAAGCGAAGCCACCGGCCAAUGGAGGAGGUACCUCUGGAUGUUCCAGCCCAGAAGAACGGUAAUGGUUGGGUCCGUGUGGAGGAACCCUCUGAUAAUCGUCUUCCUGAUGGUUUUAGACAGGGAACAGAACCCCUUAAGACCAUCCCAGCUGGAUUCAGACAGGGGACAGAACCCGUGAGAUCAAUCCCAGACGGUUUCAGACAGGGAACAGAACCCAUGAGAUCAAUCCCAGAAGGUUUCAGACAGGGAACAGAACCCGUGAGAUCAAUCCCAGAAGGUUUCAGACAGGGAACAGAACCCAUGAGAUCAAUCCCAGAUGGUUUCAGACAGGGAACAGAACCCGUGAGAUCAAUCCCAGAAGGUUUCAGACAGGGAACAGAACCCAUGAGAUCAAUCCCAGAAGGUUUCAGAAAGGGAGCUGAACCCGUUAAGACCAUCCCAGAUGGUUUCAGACAGGGAACAGAACCCGUUAAGACCAUCCCAGACGGUUUCAGACAGGGAACAGAACCCGUGAGAUCAAUCCCAGACGGUUUCAGACAGGGAACAGAACCCGUGAGAUCAAUCCCAGACGGUUUCAGACAGGGAACAGAACCCGUGAGAUCAAUCCCAGAAGGUUUCAGACAGGGAACAGAACCCAUGAGAUCAAUCCCAGUAGGUCUUAGAAAGGGAGCUGAACCCGUUAAGACCAUCCCAGAUGGUUUCAGACAGGGAACAGAACCCGUUAAGACCAUCCCAGACGGUUUCAGACAGGGAACAGAACCCGUGAAAUCAAUCCCAGACGGUUUCAGACAGGGAACAGAACCCGUGAGAUCAAUCCCAGACGGUUUCAGACAGGGAACAGAACCCGUGAGAUCAAUCCCAGAAGGUUUCAGACAGGGAACAGAACCCAUGAGAUCAAUCCCAGUAGGUCUUAGAAAGGGAGCUGAACCCGUUAAGACCAUCCCAGAUGGUUUCAGACAGGGAACAGAACCCGUUAAGACCAUCCCAGACGGUUUCAGACAGGGAACAGAACCCGUGAGAUCAAUCCCAGACGGUUUCAGACAGGGAACAGAACCCGUGAGAUCAAUCCCAGAAGGUUUCAGACAGGGAACAGAACCCAUGAGAUCAAUCCCAGAAGGUUUUAGAAAGGGAGCUGAACCCGUUAAGACCAUCCCAGAUGGUUUCAGACAGGGAACAGAACCCGUUAAGACCAUCCCAGACGGUUUCAGACAGGGAACUGAACGCUCCACCUCCAGGCUCCAAACAAAGACUGUGGCAUGUAAAGGGGAGGUCAUCAAUGGAAACUGCUACGAAUUCAACCCCACACCACUUGCCUUUCAGAAUGCACAGGAAUUAUGCAGAGCUCUUGCGCCAAAUGCUGAGCUUGCAUCUGUGACAAAUGGCGAUCUGCAUUCACGCCUGGUCUCCCUGGUGACCAAAGGUGGUGAGAGUAACCCCAUGUUGACCUGGCUGGGAGGCAUAGUCAAGGCAAGUUUGUCUUCUCAUCAGUGACCCUGUUUUUAUUUUGCCAGACAAUGGUAAUGAAACCAUUCUGUCACCAGUACCCAGUCUCCUUUUCCCGCCCAAAAAAUACAACUGAAUUGACAGUAUACCUUUUUUUUUUUUAAGCCAUUUUGUAAUUUCAGAAACAAAGAAUGAUGUUUUAGCUGCUUUUUGCUUUUCUAUGUGCUUACUAACUAUGACGCCAGCACAUUGGGAACAACUCUUACACAGCGUUCAGGCCAAGGAGAGUGUCAUCUGAUAUGGUAUCAACAAGAUAGAUAGUGUUAUUCUUACCUUGGUAGAACAUUGACCCCUCAACCUUUUCUUUCAACAUGUUCCAUCUGUUCCUGGACUUCAAAGUAUGAACAACCCUGAGCCCUUUCCUUCGCGUUAUCGUGUAAAGGGGCCAUUUUUUUGCAACUACUCCAGCUUAUAUAAGUGCAUAUUUUUCUAAAACUGUACACGUGUUGUUGGUUUUGCACACCUCAGAAUCAGGAGGCAUCAUGGGUGGAUGGGUCAGAGUGGAAAUACAGCGACUGGAUGCCGGGUCACCCCAACAUUCACACUGAUAAACCUGUUUGUGUGGAGAUGUUCAAGAUAGAUCAGAGCUGGUGGACUGCGGUCGACUGUGAACUGAAGAGAGCGUCCAUCUGCUCGUACCCGAUCACUGCAUGAAAACCAUAAAGAAACACACCAUUAAGAAGGUGGUUCAUCCUUCCUACAAACAAGUUUCCAUUCAUUUUGGAUGCCACUGAAUGUCUGUGUUCUCUUGAAUAAACCUGGCAUAUUACAUCA